AUGGCAAUAGAGUACAACGCUGCAGAUUCCCUUAUUAGUGUUCGGCAUGUGCACCGGAUAUUUACCAGAGGAGGAUUUGAUGACUGGGACAUCGUCACUACAACAGAGGUUCAUAGCCACCAGCCGAGAGCAGGCAAGCCUAUUGCAACAUCUCCGCCCGCAAGUAGUUUGUCUUCUAGUUCAACAGCAUCAAACGGCUUUCGAGGGGCUGGAGCGCCUUUUGCUCAAUCCUCUGUUCAUGCACCGCCUAGGCUCACCUCUUCCUCCUCACUUUUUUCCAGCCUUUCACAACAGUUUGAGCGUACCUUCUCAACUGUUCAGAAAGCGAUAGAUAAACUUAUUACUAAACCAAUAUUUGCUUAA